UCAGCAGCCCUGGCAGCUGUUUGCUUCGUCCUCGCAGAUGCGAAGAGUCGCAACUCCUUGGUCUCUGUGCAGCUCUUCGGGGAGUCUGGCUGCCCAGGCACCACGGCCUUCAUUGCCGGGCCGCUUGCGGAUGCCGAGAAGGCUCCUGGCGUCGCAGACAUCAUGCGAUUAGAUUGGACACCCUUCGGCAACGCCUACUUUCUCACGGCCGAGUGCGGGGGAGUGCCGGCACCUGCAGGAUGUGGCACCUCUACUUCUUGCUUGUACAAUGCCACGGUCAGGGAGUGCUUCCUGGCCCAUUGCGGUCUUGGAGGGCGUCCCUUUGCGGACUGCUACUCACCGGGUCAUGUGCGUUGUCAGCAUGGCAGCGUCGAGUGCGUGGCCAACCAGCUGGAGGCCUGUGCCAAGAUGAAGGAUGCGAAAAGUUACUGGCCCAUCUCAAGGUGCAUAGAGACUGCCUUCUUCACUGGAAAGCUGCGCACGGGCAAAUCGAGCCCCCAGGAGGUCCAUGACGUCGCUGCGAGCUGCGGCCUAGCGGCUGAGACCUUCGACUUUUGUGCCUCACAGGGCCACGAGGCCGUCGUUGCAAUGGCAAAGUCCACACCUCCUCAUCCAG